CUAUUUGAUUUGUUUAUUUAAUUUUAUCCUUAGUAAUAUGGUUGAUAACGCUUAUAUUCUGGACAAUGGAGCUUAUUCCAUUAAAGUUGAACAUUCUAAAGCCGGCGAGCCUAAGAUUAUUCCCAAUUGUAUAAUGAAAGCUAAAAGUGAACGUCGAAGGUUGUUUAUUGGAGAUCAAGUAGAGGAUUGUAGAGAUGCUUCUGGUCUGUUUUAUAUACUUCCAUUUCAAAAGGGUCUCCUUGUUAACUGGGACAUACAAAAGACUAUUUGGGAUUAUAUAUUCAGCAAAGACUGCUGUCCAACAAAUUUUUCUGAAACUCCGUGCAUAAUAACUGAGCCAUAUUUCAAUUUUGCCUCUAUUCAAGAAGCUAUGGCAGAAAUAUUCUUUGAAGAAUUUGAAUGCCAAUCAUUUUUGAGAAAACCAGCUGGAGAUUUGGUGGAAUACCAUUACAGGCAACUUAGUCCAACUAUUCAGGCAUGCCUCGUAGUUGACCUAGGUUACAGUUUCUCCCACGUUGCUCCCUAUAUCAAAGGUAAAGCACUUAAAAGUGCAAUUAGAAGGAUUGAUGUUGGUGGAAAAAUUUUAACAAAUCAUUUGAAAGAAAUUAUUUCCUAUAGGCAAUUACAUGUAAUGGAAGAAACUUACGUUAUGAAUCAAGUAAAAGAAGACACUUGUUUUGUUUCUAAUGACCUAAUGGCAGAUAUGGCCAUUGCAAAACUGAAGUAUCCAGAAAAUACUAUUGUUAGGGAUUACAUUCUUCCAGAUUUUACAAAACUAAGAAGAGGAUAUGAAAUUACUUUAGAUAAACCUCCAGUCUUGGAACAGCAAAAACUGAGAAUGAACAAUGAAAGGUUUUCGGUUCCUGAAGUUCUUUUUUACCCUUCUGAUGUGGGUAUCAAUCAGAUGGGAAUAUCAGAGGCGAUACACAACAGUAUAGAGAGCUGUCCAGAAGAAGCCCGAUCCCAUUUGUACAGGAAUAUUGUUGUUGUCGGUGGAAGUUCUCAAUUUGCGGGAUUUAAAGAGAGGCUGUUUAAAGAUGUCAGAUCUUCGGCACCAGAUGAAUAUGACGUUCGCAUUCAUGUUCCGGAUAAUCCGAUCACUUUUGCCUGGGAAGGAGGAAAGCUAUUAAGUAAAGAUCCUGAAUUUUACACUUAUGUUGUCACAAAAGAAGAAUAUGAAGAGGAAGGCCCAACAAUAUGCUUAGAAAGAUUUGACAGUUAACCAAUGCACUGACAUGUACAUAGUUGAAUACUACAAUUAUUAUAUUGCUCCAAUUAUUAAAAUAAGAUCUUAUUUAUAUAAAUAAACUUUAAACAUUUUUUAAA